GUUAUUUCAAAACAAGAAUGGGGCUUGAGAUCACGGUAACUUCUCAGGAACUCGUCAAGCCCUCUCCUCGAAACCUUAAUCAUCCUCCAUGCCAUCAUCAUCUCUCUUUCCUUGAUCAGCUUGCUCCUCCCAUUUUCAUGCCUUUCCUUUUCUUUUACCAUAACAAGACUAAUCUAUCAGACAAAGAACGAAGUGAUCACAUCAAGAGUUCUUUGUCUGAAAUAUUGAAUCUCUAUUACCCCUUGGCAGGACGCAUCAAGAACUCGGGUGAUGUUGUUGUGUGCAACGAUGUGGGUGUGUCUUUCGUCGAAGCCAAAGCCGAUUGCAACAUGUCACAGAUUCUAGAAAACCCAAAUCCUAACGAACUUAACAAGCUUCAUCCAUUCGAAUUCCAUGAAGUGAGUGACGUGCCUCUCACGGUACAGCUCACUUUCUUUGAAUGUGGCGGCUUAGCACUCGGAAUAGGCCUUUCUCAUAAACUCUGUGAUGCACUGUCUGGUCUCAUCUUCGUCAACAGUUGGGCAGCUUUUGCUCGUGGCCAGACUGAUGAAAUCAUUACUCCUUCUUUUGAUCUCGCCAAGAUGUUUCCUCCGUGCGACAUAGAAAACUUAAACAUGGCUACAGGUAUCACGAAGGAGAACAUAGUAACCAGACGCUUCGUGUUCUUGAGAUCUUCUGUUGAGUCUUUAAGAGAAAGAUUCAGCGGAAACAAGAAGAUCCGCGCGACACGUGUUGAGGUCUUAUCGGUAUUCAUAUGGAGCCGUUUCAUGGCUUCAACAAACCAUGAUGAUAAAACCGGAAAGAUCUAUACACUGAUUCAUCCAGUGAACUUGCGUAGACAAGCAGAUCCAGAUAUACCAGACAACAUGUUCGGGAACAUCAUGAGGUUCUCUGUUACUGUCCCUAUGAUGAUAAUCAAUGAAAAUGAUGAAGAAAAGGCUUCUCUUGUGGAUCAGAUGAGAGAGGAGAUUAGAAAGAUAGACGCAGUUUACGUGAAGAAACUUCAAGAAGAUAACAGAGGACACCUAGAGUUUCUAAACAAACAAGCUUCAGGUUUUGUCAAUGGAGAGAUUGUAUCGUUUAGCUUCACGAGCCUCUGCAAAUUUCCGGUGUAUGAAGCAGAUUUCGGAUGGGGGAAACCUUUGUGGGUUGCCUCUGCAAGAAUGAGCUACAAAAAUCUUGUAGCUUUCAUUGAUACUAAGGAAGGUGAUGGAAUUGAAGCUUGGAUCAACCUUGACCAGAACGAUAUGUCUAGAUUCGAAGCCGAUGAGGAGUUGCUUCGCUAUGUCUCUUCAAACCCAAGUGUGAUGGUCUCUGUAUCUUGAGAAACAAGUAAUCUAUUAGUCGUUUCUAAUGAGUUUGAGCUUGUUUUCCUUUUAAGUUUGUCUUUCAGAUUUCAUUCCCUUGUACUUAAUGCAUUCUUUUAUACUAUUUUGUUCAUAUUUAAGAAGCAACACAAGUUUAAAUUAACUCAUAUAAAUCUCUUGGAAGAAGUAUGCAAUGAGUUUUGUU